AUGGGCAUCGUUCAUCAUCUCCAAGUCAUGCUGUUUGAAUUCAAUUUGACCCUCUCCACUAUGGCACAGAAAGCAAUAACUUGUCAAAACUUCAAGUUUGCUAUCGAUGACGAUGUCAUCCAUAACCAAAUUCUUGAGGGUCACGUGUUUGAAAGAUUGACAGUCCACAGCGCCACCCAGUAUCACGUGAAGUGCAAAGAUGACUGCCUGUGUGUAUCCAUGAAUUAUUUCCCUCUGACCGCAGAAAAAUGGAAGCAAGGAGGAAAUUAUUAUGACUUGGUAAGGAGCUACACGGUGAAGGUGAGAUAACAUUGUUUAUUUAAUUCCUUAUUCUUUUAUUUAUGAAUUUUCGUAAAUAAAAUAAAUAUUCCCACAUAAUCAAGUUUUCCGGUACUCCUUAAAAAACAGGUGUUAUAUGUCAGUCCAGGCCAAAGACAAUUUUGGGCAUAUCGUUUUGUCUGCGAUAUGAUUGGUCUAGACAAAACCCAAACACACUGAUUUGGCUGAGAGAGGAUUGGGUCCGUUCUUUUUCUCGCAAAAUUUUUUCUUAACGGCCAUGUUGUAAUACAAAGUGGACGGCAGAACAAAAGUGACAACAAAUUUCAUAAAGACAUCGUUGACUGAACCAUAGCUGUAUUACUGCAUUUCAAAUCUACUUUGUGGUGGACAUUUCAUCUCCAUUCUGGCACCCCGCUAUGUGUUGCACGCACAUGUACUUUGCUCGCACUGCUUGUUAUCAAUUCGAUCCGUUUCCAGUGAGAUUUGUCGAUGGUUGCCAUAAAGUACAUGCCAACCCAAUUCGAUGAGCAUGGUGAGGUAAAAAAAUCCUUUAAACGUUGCCGUAGGGUGGAGACAUAUACUCACCAGAGAAGCAUCAUUGCAUCAACAGGUGCUGCCGCACCAAUCCUUGUCUCAAUGGAGGGGUAUGUCAGGAGAUUUGUGACACUUACAGCACCAGGUUUAACUGUACCUGUCCUAAUACAUACUCUGGUCAGCGGUGUGAGAAGAUAAAACAUCCGAGAAGCUGCAAAGACAUAGCCAAAAAAGGUGCUUCGAAAUCAGGAAAAUACGACAUCUACGAUUCAAACAAUAAACGGUUUUCUGUUUACUGUGACUUGCAGUCUGAACCUGGCUUUGUAUGGACGUUAAUACAAUCGUUUUCCUUGGCUAAGAAAAAUGCCUUCCAGAAGGCAAGGUUUGGCAAAAACUUUCAGAUUGAUAUUGAAGAGGGGGAAGUGAAUUGGAACGAGUUCCGACUAUCCUUAUCACAGAUGCAGUCUCUUGCUAUUGACUCCACACAUCUGAGAGCAACUUGUAACUUUCUUACGGAUGGUCUGCGGUAUACGGACUACGCACGCGCUAAGCUGGCAGGUCAUGACAUUUUUGGUACCUGGGCCACCUGUCAGAUGUACGAAUAUGUUAAUAUCGGAGGAAUUUGUUGUUCUAAUUGCACCGCCCUGACAAAACAGGGGGAACAUGCUUCCUGGCACGUAAGGAGUUACGGUAGCAUAGAUGCCGGAUGUGAAUUUGAUGGAAAACCGAGUGAAUCCGACUACGAAAACAACUUCGGAAAAUUUGGCGACGUCAAUAUGAAUCAGGAUCACCGUUGCUCGUUUUCUCCUGCGUCUACAAGC